AUAAAUUGUUAUUUGUUUAUUUAAGUCGCAGCGCGAAAUGAUAUCUAGUAGUACUAAUUUGAUAUAAGAUGUUGUAUUUGUAUUGAAUUAUUAGUUUGAAUACAAUGUGAUUCUUAUUAAAAAUUAUAAUCAUGAUUAGAAUUGUAUGAUACUCAAUGAAAAAAUUGUGGUAAUCAAGCGCCGGAAAAUAGAACAAAAGUAGUUAAACAUGUUUUCAUUUUUCAAAAUUCAGUUUCAGAACGUACCAAAAUUGUCAACUAAACCAAUUUCUUCAAAUUUUGUUUAUGAAAAAAUGAUAAUUUUAUUUUGAUUUUAAUUUUGUUUAUUGCAUCUUUAAAAAAGGAAAUGGCAAACAAACCGCCCAUUUACCACUAAAGAAAAUCAGUUCAUCCUUUUCUGUUCCUCGAUAGUGGCUGGCCCUUUUUUCUCCUCGUCUUCACCUUAAAUCCCUGCCGGCUGCCGCCCUCCACGAUUCUACUUUCUUUCUUCUUCAACGAAAGCCACCGUUGCCCCUGGUUUCUUCCGAUGACGUAGAUGUCUGUGCUGUUGUCUGAGCUCCGAGAUCGUCCCUCGUUUCUUUGACGCCACCGCGUCUCUGCUUUUCUCGGUCGCCGCUCGUACUGGAUCUUCCCGAAGCCAGCGUUUUCUUCAUCUCCAACUCCCGUCCGCAUCACUGUGGUCAUCCUCCAAAUGUUUCUUCGUUUUUGCUUACCGGCGCUGAAAUGUCUCCGAGAAGGAAUGAAGGACCGUGAUUUCUGGGUUUCUCCAACUCCAAUCACACCUGCUUUCUCAUUUUGAGAAGAGAAGGAAUCGAAGAAUUCACCCUCUCUGUUAACCCUUCUGACAGAGAAAUUUGCCUGACGAAACACUCUGCAACAACCGCUUGUUAGUCUCGCCUGCAGGUCAGGAUAAUACCACUACUCGCAUCUUCUCCAUCAUUUAGUCAUAGAAAUUAGGGGUAUCAAUUGAAGAACCUUUGUCUCAGAACUAAAUCCAUGGUCCUGUUCUUGUUUUCUCGUUCGCUUUCAUUGUCAAUCUCUCCCCGGAUUUCGAAAAUAUAUAAUCUAAGACUUCACUCUUCACUGGCUGACAAGCUCUACUCUCACUUGCAUAACAACCCCAAGAAUCCGGAAAGAGCUCUGAGUUUAGUCAAGCCUAAACUGGAUGCUUCGUGUAUCAAUGAAGUUUUGCAGAGGUGCUCCCAGAACGAAUCUCAGCUGGGUCUUAGAUUUUUCGUGUGGGCUGGCUGUCAGUCAAAUAAUAGACACAGUCCUUACAUGUACGACAGGGUUUGUCAGUUGUUGAAGGUCAGGGAAAAUCCGCAAGUUGUGUUGGAUGUAAUCGAGGCUUAUAAGGCAGAGAAAUGCGCCGUUAAUGUCAAGAUGUUUAAAGUAGUACUUCAUUUGUGCAGAGAGGCUAAGCUUGUCAAUGAGGCUCUUUCUGUGUUGAAGAAAAUGUCUGUGUUUGGUAUACGUGCGGACACCAAUGCAUAUAAUUUAGUUAUUAGCUUGUUAUGUGAGAAUGGUGACUUGGUUAUGGCUGACAAGUUAAUGGGAGAGAUGGGGUUGAUUGACCUUUAUCCUGACAUGAUCACUUAUGUAUCAAUGAUUAAAGGUUUUGUUCGUAUUGGUAAACUGGCAGAAGCUACUCGUUUGUUGAAGGUGAUGAAGAGAACUGGUUCUGCUCCUAAUGUUGUGGUGUAUUCGACCCUUCUUGAUGGGGUUUGUAAACAUGGGAGUGUUGAGCAGGCUUUAGAGUUGCUGAGUGAAAUGGAGAAAGGUGGGGACUGUAGCCCAAAUGUGAUCACAUAUACCUCUUUGAUUCAAGGUUUGUGUGAGAAGGGCAAGACAGUUGAUGCAGUUUUCAUUUUUGAUAAAAUGGAGGAUUCUGGUGUGUCUCCAAAUAGGGUGACAGUUAGCACUUUGAUCAACGGUCUUUGUGCAGACAAUCUUUUGGAGGAGGCUUAUAAGUUGAUUGAUAGGAUUAUUGUGGGAGAAAGUGUAUCUUUUGGUGAGUGUUACAGCUCUCUUGUUGUAUGUCUACUGAGGACAAAGAAACCUGAGGAGGCAGAGAAGGUCUUCAGGAGCCUUUUAGCUAGUGGAGCAAAACCGGAUAGCCUGGCAUCCAGUCUUAUGAUUAGGGAGCUUUGCUCCAAGACAAGGGUGCUUGAUGGGUUUCACUUGUAUGGUGAAAUUGAAAAGAUUGGCUGUUUGGUUACCUUGGACUCUGAUAUCUACUCUAUUUUGCUGCUUGGGCUUUGUCAUCAAGGUUAUCUUGUGGAAGCUGCAAAACUUGCAAGGUCAAUGCUUGGGAAAAAAGUGCGUCUACAACCUACUUAUGUUGAUGAAAUAAUUGAGCAUAUGAAGAAGUUUGAGGACAAGGAGCUGGUUGGACAAUUCGGCUUGUAGAUUCGAUAAGAGCCAAGGUAAUGCUGCAUGCUUUUCUAUGCUGCGCUUGUAAAUUUUGUUUUGACUAUUAAAAGUUUUGGGGAACCCUGUUUCGAUGUUUCGUAAUGUAAGAAUUGGGAAGGCUUUCUGAAAGUUUCAACUAUACUUGUUUGAGAGUCUGACUGCCAAAUCAAUUAAGCCUUUGAUCUGGUAGGAGGUGGAUUUGAUUUUCUUGCUCUGAUAUUUGUUCUUUUGCUUGACAGCUCUGUUAUCAAGUAGCACAGAGUUGGAACUUUAUGCCUUUUGUUUAUUUUCUUGCUUUGAAUUUGACUCUCUUUGCUAUUCUCUGUUGAUGAUGACUUAUCCAGAUACCUGUGCUUCUUUCAGUACUUAGAUACAUGGUAAACAUGGAACUUAUUACGUUUCCUGAAAAUCCUUUGCUACACAAAUCAUACGGGGUAAUGUUAGUAUAUUGUACAAAUCCAUCUGGGCUUAGGCUGUUGGUUUCCUUGCGUUAUUUAUACAUUGUAUUUCUUGGUUUCAUUUGUGAACUCACCAAAUAGUUGAGAAUAACUAAUUGAUGUAGAAAGCACGCAUUGAUUUCAUAAGCUCAGGAGACUAACCCUGUUUGCUUUCCAGUAGAAGAAUGCACCACUCUGGUAGUCUGGUUCAGUACUGAGUUCAUACUGAAAUGACACAUCCAUUUGAAUUUCUACAAUGGGAUAUCCACUUCACCUUUCACCUUGAGCUUCAGAGACAGAGUCGACCUGGGCUUCCUUUCACCUUGGUCGAAGAAGAAGAGCUACAGUUCCAACGACGCCGUAUCAUCUAAGUAGUCAACCCUGCAAGAUCGAAUGGCAUCGUUAGUAAUCCAGUGAAUAAGUGUUGUUACGCCAAGUGGCGAGAUGAUAGUGGUUAGCCUAGUUACUGUUAAUCUACAGUAGAGUUACUUUACCUUUCUGCUUUGUAGUGUAGUGGUAAAUAGAAUGGAGACUCUGUAUAUAUUUCUUCAGAAAAUGGAAUGCAGCCAUACUGGCAAAUUCCCCCAACGAUGCUUUCCUGUCAUUUUCCGAUUUCUACCCUAAUCAUCUGCUAGGGUUUCAAGUUUUCUCAUGGUAUCAAAGCGUCGUUGCUGAUCCAGAUCGGUUCUCUCUUCCAUUUUCUUCAUUUUACAAGUUUCUGAAACAAGUCUCCUACUAUCAUAAUGGGUGAUCAAGCUUCUCCUCAGUCUGGGGCGUCGACCACCACUAACUCCGCUACGACCCAAGCAGCCUGUUAUGAAGAUCCAUACUCCAACCCUCUGUAUUUAACUGCCAGUGACAACUCUUUUCUACCAGUCAUCAGCUUCAAGCUCAAUGACGACAAUUACCUUCUCUGGAGCGAAUCUAUGGAGGUUGCCCUGAGAACGAAGAACAAGUGGGGUUUCAUCCACGGCACAGUUUAGGUACCCGAUGAAAUAGAUCUUUCUCGUAGUACUUGGGAUAGGUGCAAUGGCACCAUACUUUGUUGGAUUCGUAAUUCUGUUUCUGAGGACAUCGUUCCUAGUCAGAGAAACAUCAGAUCUGCUACUGAUGCUUGGGGUUACCUGAAAUCCAAGUUUAGCCAAUGUGAUUUUGUUAGAAUUGCCAAUUUACAAGAGAAGGUUGAUCUCACUAAGCAGGGAAACAAAACUAUGCGAUAGUAUCAUACUGAUUUAAAGCUUUUGUGGGAUGAACAACAACAUUAUGAACCAAUUCCUGUUUGUGAGUGUGCUUCGAAGACAUAUGAAACUGUGAUUAAAUAUCGGGACAGGGG